AUGGGACUUCAAAUCUUGGAGAAAAUAAUUGAAAAAUUCAUUCCUCUUAUUCGAUUUACAAAAAAUAUACCCAGUGAACCUUUUUGUAAACUUCGUCCUUUUAAAGCUGCUAUUCCCCAUGAAGUUUAUAAAAGAAUUGAUUCAAUUUGUCAUAAAGAAAUCUUUAGGAAGGAGCCAACUUUGCCACCGCGAUUUAGCACGAGAAAACCAUCGUAUUUUACCGUGGUGCUUUCACAAGCAAUUUUCCAUUCCGGUCUUUCGAAAGAUCUUACUUUAUUAUUAAAAAAACCUGAUGAAUUUAAUAUGAUAAUUCAAGUUGGUGAAGAUGCACGGGAAUUUCGUGUUCAUUCAGUUAUUUUACAAGCGCGUUCACCAUAUUUUAAAAGUAUUUUUUCAUAUAAUACCAUUAUGAGAAAAGAUGAUGUGUUCAUGUUUAAUAUUCCCAACAUCACUUCAACUGUUUUUGAACUAUCAAAUGAAAAUAUUCUUUGGUUGAUCAUUGCAUCUGAUGAAUUCCUACUUCAAGAAUUAUUUAAUUUUGUUCUAGAUCACUUGAUUGAAAACCUUGCUAAUUGGAUUCAUCAAAAUAUUGUUUUCGUACUUAAUAAUACAUUUAGACUCGCUGUCUGCAAGAAACUAAUAGAUUAUUGUCUCGAAAGAAUCUGUGAAUAUCCACAAACAUUAAUCGCUUCGAAAAAUUUUUCAUCACUGGAUAAAGAUAUUCUUUUUCAUUUGCUUAAAAGAGAUGAUUUGAAGAUUGAAGAAAUAGACGCUUGGAAUUUUUUAAUCAAAUGGUGUAAUGAGAAUACUCCUGGGUUGGGAAUUGAGAAUGUUGAUAGUACCAAAUGGAGUCAAGAAAAUCUUGAAGCAUUUAAGAAAACGAUAAGUCAAUUCAUUCCCAUCAUUCGAUUUGUGGAAAUUUCAUCUGAUGAUUUCUUUGAUAAAGUCCGUCCUUACAAAGCUGUUAUACCUCACAAUAUUUAUGAAGAAGUUGCUGAAUUUUAUUUUAAAAACACCUUACCAAAGUCAACUAUGUCACAACCACGAUCUAUAAAUACUGAAUUUGAAAUUGAAUCAAAACUUAUUAGGUCAAGUCUCGGUUAUAUGAUUGCUCAAUGGAUUGAAAAGGAAAAUGCAGAAAAUCUCUUCCUAAAGAAAAAAUAUAAAUUCAAGCUUCUUUAUAGAGGUAGCCGAGACGGAAUCAGUAUUGAAGCAUUUCGUACAAAGUGUAAUAAUCAUGGUCCAUGUUUGGUAUUAGCCAAAGAACGAUUAUCAUCAAAAAUUUAUGGUGGAUAUAAUCCACUUGAUUUCGUGCAGGACUGUUCGAAAAAACGAUUUUAUAAGACAAGUGAAAGUUUUAUAUUUUUGCUUGAAGAUACAAAUGUGAUAAUAAGUCGUGUAGUUGAUACUAGUCGCGCAAUAGUCGAAAAGAAAGAUUAUGGAUUUAAUUUUGGGGAAUCUUUUUAUAUGGGUGAUAAAAGCAUUUAUCUUAAUUAUAAUGGCUCUUAUGAUGAAAAGGUUAUAGAUAAAAGUAUGAAUACUACCUUUCUUCCGGAAGAAAUUGAAAUAUUUAGAAUAUUGUAA